GAGGGAAACAAGCUGCUAUGUUGGUCUGAAGAAACUACGCGCUGACAAGUGUGUAAAACCGAGCACGGAGCCGCGGUGGGACAUUUCAUUCAUUGAGCAGCUGAGUGAGUUUUCGAGAUGGAAGGUGAAUGCUUGGCACUGAAAGACCUCACAAGCCCCAGGAAGCAUUUCACGGUGGAGCCGGAGGAGGAUGGGGGCCAAAGUGAACAAAAGGAAAAUAUGUACACGGAGAGAAGAAGAUCCACGCCGCUAAAAUCUGCAGAGUCCGCCGUCCCUGCUCUGCUGAUAAACAGAAAAGGCGCCACCCCUGACCUGGCUCACAUCACCCCCAUCAAACACACCGCGCUGACUGAACCUUGGACACCCACAGCGAACCUGAAAAUGCUCAUCAGUGCAGCUAGCCCAGACAUUCGGGACAGAGAGAUGAAAAAGGUGCUGUUUAGACCAAUAGAGAAUGAUAAAGACAAGCCGGCGAUCCCAGACACUGUGGUGGACGAUGCAGAGGUGGACGACUCAUGUCAGUUUGAAGCCGUGGAUGGAGAAGAUGAUGCAGAGAAAAAGCCAAGCAGGAAACAGAAGAGUCUGGGUCUGCUUUGCCAAAAGUUCCUGGCCCUCUACCCCGAUUACCCACCGCUUCACAGCCCCAUCUGGAUCUCACUGGAUGAGGUGGCGAACAGUCUGGGAGUGGAGCGGCGGCGCAUCUACGACAUCGUCAACGUGUUAGAGUCUCUCACAAUAGUGGGCCGGAUAGCAAAGAACAGCUACACCUGGUACGGUCGCCAGCGGCUGGAGGCAACGCUGGAGGAGCUGCAGCGGAAGGGCCGGCAGCAGGGCUACCACCUCCAGAUGGAGCUGGCCACCGAGGCCGGACCAGGCCGCGAAGAUGACGGAGGGGAGGGAGACGCUGGCAACGCUGGUUGCAAUAGGAAAGACAAAUCCCUGCGCAUCAUGAGCCAGAAGUUUGUUAUGCUUUUCCUGGUGUCCAAAACUCAGACUGUCACCCUGGAUGCAGCAGCAAAGAUCCUCAUCGAGGAGAGUCAGGACUCAUCAAGUCACAGCAAGUACAAGACAAAAGUGCGGCGCCUGUACGACAUUGCCAACGUGCUGACCAGCCUGGGCCUCAUAAAGAAGGUUCAUGUCAGAGAGGAGAGAGGCAGGAAACCAGCCUUCAAGUGGCUCGGCCCAGUUGAAUUCAGCAACUCUGGAAAUGCAGGAAACACUUUGAAUGUAGCAGCCAUCACUCCACCUGACCCCAGUGCACGGCCAGUGACAUGCCAGGACCUCAGAAAGGCAAAGAUGGCACGUCAUGCCUCAUUCAACAUCACACCAACUUCUGUUGCCAUCCAGCGGCAGGUCAGCUCUGCUCCCAGCAGCCCACGACGUGAACUAACGGGUCUGCCAAACCACCCUGUGGACUAUUCCAGGAAGGCCAUGAGCAGCAGCACAGUCUGUCAGCUGCAGUUUGGAAACAGGACUGAAAACCAUCCCAGCGCACCACUGCAGAGUAACAUCUCACACAGCAGCAGCAGCAACAGCAGUUCCCUUCCCCCAGCUUCCAGCCAUCCCACCCUUCUGGCACCUCACCUCCACCCCGAGCCUCUUUUCACCUCCUCUCCUUCUCCCCAUUGCUUGGCCUACCUUCCCAGCCUGUCCCAGCCCUCUGUUGUUAUGCUGUUCAGGACGCCAGACAAGCCCGACCAGAUCCCCGAAGGACAGAGGUCACCCAGGUCGGACUCUGUCGACGGGAGGAAGAGAAAGAGGGAUGAGAGUGAGGAGGCGGAGAUGGUGAAAAAGCAGGAGAUUUCUGGGUUAGAGGACCGUGACAAGAUGAGAGCUGGACCUCAAAGAGAAGCGUCAGAGUGUUCACAGACGGUUGAUACCAGGACCCCCCCUAGUCGCCCUGCAGGCCUCUCCAGAGAGCAGGUGUUCAGUGAGAACAGCAGCAGUGAGCACGCCCAGCCAUCACACUACCUCUACGUACCCAAUAAUGCAGGUCUAAACAGCCUCAACUUCCUCCUGUCAGCCGGACAGCCACCAGCCAGUCUCACACUUCCUCCCAGCAGCGUUCCCGCCUUGGCGCUACCUUAUGUCCUGGUGCCCUCUGCGGCUCUCCCCCACUACCCCCUGGUCACCAGUAGUCUUCAGCAGCAAGGCUCUGAUGCUCACACGAAACUGAGCUUCAGUUUGCCUGCCAUGAUGUCACCUGCCCACUUUAUGGUGGGGGCAGCACCUUACAGUGUAGCAGCAGCAUCAGACCUCAGCCGGUCACCGGUUCCAUCACCGUCUACUCCAGAACAGAGCAGGCUCUACGGGUCGGCGGCCGGCACGCCGCGUUCUCCCUCAGGACCACGACAGUCAGUCAGCAUUAACACAUCAGAACCACUGACUCCUCAUACCCCUAAAGAACCCACAGUGUCUUCUUCAAAGGCUUUCUUCCAAACCCCAGGCACUCUGGGAAGUGUAGUCAGUGCCGCACCGGCUGCACGAAAAAGAGGUUCGGCACAGAGGAGAUUGGACAUUGGCCACCCUCCAGCUAUAUGAAGAAACGGGAACUCGUGUUAACAUGCUGUCUUUGACACUCAGGCGUCGAUCCUAAAAUGGAAAAGUAUGGUUUCAAACCUUUGGUGCUUUAUUUUCAUAGUGAUGAAUUCAAAAGAUGAAACACUGUUGGAAAGUAGAGAUGUUUAGGUGUGUCACGUUUUGCUAACGACUGUCAGUUCUCACUAAAUGAAACCGUUAUUUGUGAGCAAUGUUAACAGUUCGGAAGUGCCUCAUGGUUAAAUUAUGGGACACUCGAUUUCAGAGCAGACGACUGAAGCAGUAUUGCCAAUGUAACAGUGCCCUCCUGUGGUGGGAGUUGGCCACUGCUGUGUUUUGCAUUUCAGCCUUAAUUUUCUCUCCCAGAUAUGAUCACGGUACCCAAUCCCCCCACUGUUUGUGUAUUAUAGCCCAAUUGCUAUUUAUAUUUUAGCUAAUAUAUGUUGAUUACAGGGACUGUAAUGGAAAGUUAAUGUUUCUUUUAGCACUAAAGUGAUGAAUGUAUGUUGUCUAAUCUUGAUGUAAUUGUUUUUAAUCUGCCCCCUUUCAGAUUUUGUUGCAUUAUCAGGGUGUGAUAGGAAAUCUGUUAGCUGCUCAACACCAAUUUACAACAGUGGUAGGACAAUCCUCCCUUAGCUCAUUUCAAAACGUUACUGUGAGGAAAAAAAAAUCACUAAAGCCUUAAAUGUUUACAGCCAGAGAAGUAUCUAAAAGGAACAGUUUUUUCAUGUCUCGGUGCACGACAGAUGCAUUAAUUUACUCGUCAGGAAGACAAAUGUUACUGGUACUGUGUGCGUUUUCACUGAGAAUUAUUAACCAUAGUGCUUUAUGGUUAAACACCAAACCCUGGCGCUGUUACAGGUGACGUAAGGACAAUGUGACAAUGCUCUCAGGUACUUGAAUACUAGUGACUAGAAUGGGAGUUUGGAGAAAUAUCAGAGUACUGUAAAGUUUUUUUCUCUUUGUUUAUCCGGGGCGAGCAGACUGAGCUUAUGUUGCUUAUGUUUUCUUAACACUCUUUGACAUUCGUACAGUCCAGCACGUUGGGGGAAGGUGCCCACAAUGUGCCGCUGGGGGUUAAGUGCCUUGCUUAAAGGCACCUUAUUGAGAGAGUGUUGUUGCCUCAAAACAGAUCUUCUCAGGUUGUCCAGGAAAUUGCAUCAACAACCUUCUAGUCAUAAGCCCAAGUUUGUUUGUUUUUUUGCUUCUAGACAACCCAGCUGAAAUAUGGGUGCUUUGUACAGGAAUCAUUCAGGAGAGCUUAGCGAUGUCACGCCAAAGGGUAUACAGAUAAUUCACUGACCAGUGGAUGUGUAGUCGUAACGUUUUAAGUCAGUUGUUUUUUCUUACGUUGUAUUCAUAGUGUCAUUUACAACCUUUACAUGCAGACUGUUAUUGCUGCUUUCCUGUUACGUAAUAAUUAAUGCACUGUAAGUAGUUAUAUCCGCUGAAAACCUGUUGUUUCCUCACUGUAGCUCUUUCCGUAGUUCUGUAGGGUUUUUGUUUUUUUUUUUUUCCUGUGCAACUUUCACAAACUAUUAAAGAAAUGUAUGGUGCCGACAA